UAAUAAUUAAUCCUGAAGCACUAAUUAAAUAAAACUCAUAAUAUUCCCCCAUGUAAUCAUAACGUUGACAGCUGUCAAGAAUGAAAACAAAAUCCACAUGAUUAGCGGUGGUAGUUCACCAAAUAUGUAAUCGAUUUUUAAGUGUACAAAAACAGUAAUUUUAAAAGUGUUGAAAUGGAAGGAAAUUUGGCUUUGGAAUCAGGCAUAUUGGCAAUCCUUUUGGUAUUAGUUCGUAUAUUUUUCUUGGUGCAUAAAGUAACGACGGGCCAUACGAAAGUGUGGCACAAGAAAAGAGUGAAUGCUGCAAAGACAUUAGUUUGCAUUGGAUCAGGGGGUCACACAACAGAGAUGCUAUGUCUGAUGGCAUCUCUGGAUUUCCUUAAGUAUAGCCCCAGACAUUAUGUGAUGGCCAGGACUGAUGAGACAAGCUACUUAAAAGUGGUUGCUUUUGAAAAUGAGAAGACUAAAGAUGCCAAAGAUUAUUUUAUAAGGACAAUACCAAGGAGCAGAGCAGUCAACCAAUCAUAUUUCUCCUCAAUAUUUACAACAAUAUAUUCAAUUCUGUAUUGUAUACCAAUGAUGCUGAGACUCAGACCUGAUUUGAUAUUGUGCAAUGGGCCAGGGACAUGUAUUCCAAUUUGUUUUAUUGCAUUUUUACUAAAGGCUGCUUUUAUUUGUGAUACUAAGAUAGUUUUUGUCGAGAGUUUCUGUAGAACUCAAACCUUUUCUUUAAGUGGUAACAUACUGAUUUAUAUUGCCGAUAAUAUUUUAGUGCAAUGGCCUCCAUUGAAGAGAAAACUGAAAAGGGCUGACUACAUUGGACAAUUGCUUUAAAAUUGUAUAAACAAUGUACUUUUUUUUUAAAUUUAAUAUAUAAUUUGUGGUGUUGUAAAGUGAGACUCAAUUUGU